AUGACUAAAAAAGCCUCCGUGUAUAGACUAAAAGUCACAACAGCUUGCCAAAACUGUCAGCGUCGAAAAAUAAAAUGCUCAGGCGAAAUCCCUUGUACUUAUUGCGUGAAGUUGGAACGUGAGUGUCAACCUGGGAAACCUGGAAAAAAACGUGGUCCACCUCCCGGGCAAGAAAUUAUUAGAAGUCGAAAUAGUAGGUUGGAAAGCAUCAUUAGUGAUGCUGUUAGGGAUCCAAAGAAAAGGGAAGAAUUAAUGAGCGUUGAGGGGAUAGAACCUGAAGUUCGACAGGGAAUUGACCUAUUAAGAUAUAGAGAUGAAAAAGAACUUCAAGUUGUCGAGUCUCUUACCAGAUUAAGACAUGUACCGCACUCGGAAGGUGGACCUCAAGCACAAACCCCAAUUAUAAAGAACUUACUAAACGGUGUUGGUCAACAACAUUCAAAAGUGGAUAUAUGGUAUGACCAAUCUAAUGUAAGAAAAAACAGUCGGACUCAGUCUACAGAUAAAUUAGAGUUGAUGGAAAACAAUUCCACAUUUUUACAUAAACCAAAACCCGUUUAUCCGGUCCAUAUGAAAGGACAUCAGUUUGCUCAUGUCGAAUCUAUUAACGGGCAAACAACAAAUUCAAAUGAGCCUGUUACCUUCCGAAAUAAUUUACUUACCGACUCUACUACCUCGUCAUCGGGUUUGGUUUCAUCUUUAUCAUAUCCUGCAUCACCAUCUCUUGUAUCAUCAUCGUUAAUAUUAUCCCCAAAACAUUCACCAUCAUUGACAUUAUUGCCUUCAAUAUCUAAUAUUACAAAUUCUUCACAUUCAUAUUUAACUUCUAAUAAUGGUUCAACAUGCCCACAUUCAACAUUUUCAAAUGGUCAGACUUAUUCCCAUUCAUACCAUACAGCCUGGAAUUAUCCAUAUCCGAAGCCUUUUAAUAAUAGUUUUGAUUCAAUAUGUUCGGAUAAAAAACCCAUUCAUCAAAAUUCAUCAACUUUAAAUAAGGGUCCCAUUCUUCCAGAUUUAUCUAGUUUAAAUAAGGGUCAUUUUACAUCAGGUCCAUUAAGCUCUUCAAACAAGGAAGCUAUGCUGUCAGAUAGGUUUGAUUCAAACCAUACCUUAAAAAUUUCUGAAAAUGGAUCAAUGCAUUAUUUUCUUCCGCCAUUACAAUCGCCUCAAAAGAAAUUUCAUUUACCACAAUCAAAUGUGUUACCUCCGUUACAGCCGGUAAGCGAUCCACGUUAUAUACCACCACCACUACCACCUCAAGAUAUUCGAGGAUCAUUAGAGUGGGCGCGACAAAUGCCUCAAAUGUCUCGUAACUUUACUUGUAACAAUUCACAAGUUAUGCCUAAAAUUGAUAAUGGAGUUGUUGGUUUACCUCCGAUUACUAAUAAUGUGACAAAUAAUGUCUAUUGGUCGUCAAUAACAACGCCUAGUUGUUGUGAUUCUGAAAAAGAGAAAAAUAAAUCAGUAUCAUCAGGAAGUAAACCGGUUUACCAAGAAAAUAAGAUAACUCCACCAAUUAAAGCGUAUCCGACUGAACAUGCUAAAAAACAUUCGGCUUAUGGUACGCGAGGCCGAAGUACGUCAAGUGCAAAAACUCGUCAUUCAACUGAUGGCAGUGGCGCAGUAACUUAUCAAGCAUUGAAUCGUCGUUCUGUUCACAAUAAGAGUACACAUGUUCGUGGUGUACAUCAAAUGCCAUGCCAACAUGUUAAACAUGCUAGUAAUACGGUUGAUCAACAAAAUUCAUUCAGUUAUUCUUAUAAUUAUGAUGUAAUGGACAACAGUUCAAUAAUGAUUGGUAGUAAAUAUGAAAUAAACAAAUCGUUUACAUCUAAUACUUUUGAAAGCCAGUUUAAGGGUAAUUUUCACAAUGAUGUAAUGCAACGGGGUCACUUCAUGGAACGGGCUGGUGAUGUGUCUAGCAAUGUUAUUUCGAAAAUUGGAUCUAUCGAUGAUUCACGUAUAAUAGAUUCGUCGACAAUUAACAAAGGAAAAACUUCCAAUCCAAUUAAUAAAUUUGUUGAUACUGCUUCUUUCAAUGUUGAUCCGUUAAUUUUAGCAGAUACGCGUAAUAGUGAAAAUAAAUCCGUUACGUUGGAUGGGACAGAACGACAACCCUCGAACAGGCCAUUGGUUGUUUCUAUAGCUUCAUCGGCUGGAACGUUAUCAACCUCGAAAGCUGAAUCUGACAAAUGUCAAUUACAUGAACAAUCUUCCAAACCGUUAACACCACCAAGAUGUGACAACGAAAACUCAACACAAAAGAAUCAGAUUGGAUCUUUGAGUCCAUCAAAUGUUGAAUCGGUUUUAACUCCUCCUACCGUUCAAGAUGAUUCAUCAGCAAUGGAUGUUGAAGACAGUCCGUCGUCUCAUUCCUCAAUAUCUGGAAAAGUAGAAUCAAAUUCCAAAUUAAAUGAGGAUAAAAUGGGUGCGGUUACGUUGACAGAUUCGGAGGAUUAUUACAACUCUGAACGUAAUAAACGUAACGAAAAUAAGAAUUUAAUUAAAAAUGUUCCUGAAUAUGAUACUGACGAUACAUAUGAUGAUGAUGACGAAGAGUAUAGGCCGAAACGAUUAAGACCAAUUAACCAUCGUAAGAGAGCUAGUGCAGUUCCAAGACGAAUUACACGAAGAACCAAGCCACCUGCACCUAAAGACCCUAGUAAGAAAUGGGUUAGACGCAAGGAAUAG